CUCAGCCAAUGGAUCAUGAAAAUUGCUCUAAUUCCCUGCACUAUACAUAGUAUCCAAAGUUGGAAGAGAAGUAAGAAAAGAGAUUGAGAGAGGAUUUCUGAAGAAGAAAAAGAAUGACAAUGGCUGACAUUGCCACCAAAGAAACAAUGAAUGAAGAGAUAAAGAAGAAUAAUAGAAUUCAAGUGUCCAAUACCAAGAAACCACUCUUCUUCUAUGUCAAUCUUGCAAAGAGGUACUUACAGCAACAUAAAGAGAUUGAGCUUUCAGCAUUGGGAAUGGCUAUCACUACCGUUGUAACAAUAUCUGAAAUUCUUAAGAACAACGGAUUUGUCAAGGAGAAAAGCAUUUUGACAUCCACUGUUGGAACUAAAGAUGCAACCAAAGGCCGCACAGUUCAUAAAGCUAGGAUUGAAAUUGUUCUCCAGAAGUCUGAAAAAUUUGACUCCCUAAUGGCUACAGCACAGAAUGCGAACGCAAAUGUCAACGCUAAUGGUGAAGUUAAAAAGUAGCAAUAGCACCAGCAUAUUUGUGUCCUGCAUUGUACCUCAGUUUAGAUACAAUGAUAUCUAACACUUAUAAUAAAAUUUCAUUACCUCAACAUUAUGUUAAAUUUCACAGGACAGUUUUAAGUUAUGGAAUGGAAGCUCAAAAUCUCCUGUGUAGAAAGUGUAAUCCAAAGUUAUAUAUUUAUUUGGUCAUCACAAGUGUAAUUAUUAUCUACUGAAGAGUGCAACAGAACCUGUUAUUCAGAACAGACAUUAUCUAAAUUUAACAUUGUAUAAAAACUUCAAUUCUACUUGUGUUGCAAAAUGCCAG